GAGAUGAGAGACGUUCGCUUGGCACGAACUCGAUGUCUCAUCAUCUGGACAGUUUUUAUUUCCUUCACUCUAAUAACUAACAAAUAAAAUUUGAAAUUGGGUAGUUUUCGAAAUAAAUUUGGUUUUGGGUUCGUGACUUUGUGCAUCAAGAUAACCACCACCAAGGUAACCACCCACCAAGAUAACAUAGUUGAACAACGAUUCGACAUGGCGAGCAAUUUGUGCCUCCUCUGUUUACAACGAGUCGUCGCCGACACGGGAGAACAAAGUGAUGGGGAAAAAUACAAAAGGAAAAUAAAAAUCGCCACAUUAUGCGAAUUGUUAGCUCCAACUUCUUCUUAUCAUGGUCAGUUUGAUGACGAUGAGGUAUGUGGAUUCUGUCAGGACUGUUAUCCAGUUUUCGGUGAAGUAGAGGAGAUUCGCAAACAAAUUUCCAUCCUGGAGGGUCAAGUCGAACGGAAAAUUGUGCAAAUUAAGGAAACAAUUUCGAUUUCUUCGCCUCCUUUGCUGGAUGGUAGUGGGGACAGAAUAAUGGAAAUUAGGAAUUUUAUACUACGAGUGACGCAUGGUGCAGCAGAGAUUAUCGACCACCAUCCCGAUAAUCUUGUACAGAAUGUGUUUCUGGUGAAAGAAGAACAUGAAAUUGAUCUUGGCGACGGCGACCAAUUCUACGACGACUAUAAUUACGAACCUGCUCACUCAGAAGAGGACAAUAAUGAUCCACUUAUUGGUGACCACGAAGAUGAUGAUUCAGACUUUUGCAUAACUCCAUCUUCGCAAAAAAGAUCAAAGAAAGAGGGUCGAAAGUUAAUUAAAAAGAAAUCGUCAUCAUCAUCCCGCUCUACAAAAAGGAAAUCGGUCCCCGCCCCGGAAGUGAACCCGAAACGUAUAAAACGCGAGCCUCGACCAGUCCUCGAACGGAUACGAUCCUCCACUCGAGUCAAGAAGCCUGUUCUUCCUCCUCCCAUCGAAGUUAAGAAAAUCCUCAAAGUUUCCCUCGAAAGGCUCGCCCCCAUUAAAAAACCCAAAAAACCACGCCCCUACAAAUGCACCUUUUGUCCCGCUACAUACCCCGUCUCUUUCGCCCUUACUCGUCACUUAGGACUGGCUCAUUCCGCGAUCCCUUGUCCGAUUUGUGAUGAAACGUUCCCCACCAGAAACGAGAAGGACGCCCACUUGAAGCUAGCGCACGAUAAUAUCUCCCCUUACCAAUGUCCCAUCUGCGCCAGAAAGUUUAUGCGACCAAUUCGACUAGCAGAACACAUGCUCUUGAGACAUGAAAACGGAGAUAAGAAAUAUUCUUGCGCAAAAUGUGAUAAGAGUUUCGCACUCGAACAAAAUUAUGAGAGACAUGUGAAACUUCAUGAGCUGGAUGAAAUCAAACCGUUCAUCUGCGACGUGUGCGACCACAGAUGUGAAAACGAGGAACGGCUCAAGAUACACGUGGCCACGCAUGAAAAAAGAUUUCAAUGUAACCAAUGCGGAAAAAAAUGUGUUACCAGGCAUAACUUUGCAAGACAUAUGCGCUCCCACACGAACGAAAUGCCGUUGAAAUGUCCCCACUGCGAGGUCCCGUUUCGCGACAAGAUAACCCUGGAGCGCCACAUCAGCCGGGUUCACACCAAAAACCAACACAUUUGUCACCUCUGCGGUAAAGGGUUUUAUCUUCGUGUCGACCUCCAAACCCAUAUUGCCAGGCACGAGGGGAAAAUGCAAGUUAGUUGUGAAACUUGUGGGGAAACGGUGGUGGGUAAGGCUGCUCUUCAAGUACAUCAGGUCAAAGUACACGGCGCGGACCCGGUCGUUUGCGAUGAGUGUGGGGCUGUGUUUUACGCACAAUCAAACUUAAAUCGUCACAAGCAGACCCACACGGGGAUUAAGCCGUUCAAAUGUGAUGUUUGCGACGCUUGUUUCCUGCGGGAACCGUCGCUAAGGGUACAUUUGAGGUCACACUCGAACGAGCGCCCCUUCUCCUGCUCCCAUUGCGAGAAAGCGUUCAAAACGAGGAGCCAAAUGAAUGAGCACGUGAAGCGAAUCCAUACCAACUUUGUGAUCCCCACGCCUCACAAGUGCCCCCAUUGCGGAAAAGCCUAUCCACGUAAGUCUUAUCUGGAGGGUCACAUUCGUUCCGCCCACACGGGUGAGAGACCCUUCGUUUGUGAAGAGUGUGGAAGUGGCUUCGUGCUCAAGACAAUGUUAAAUCAGCAUCUGAAAGUGUCGCAUGGAUUGGGAGUGACGACCGAGAAGAAAGAAAGGCUCCCCAGGGCGAAGAGAGGCGACACGGUGGAAAUUACUGGGCACGAUUCGGAGUGAAGUUUUAGCUGAAUUUUGAUAAUUUUUAUAUCUAUCAGAUUAAAUAUGCGUAGGAAGAUAAUUUAAAAAAUUGUAAUUGAGGCUUGUAGUAAAGUUUAGUAGUUAAAAUUAGCACUGAUGUACACGACUAAUUUACAACACGUUUGAAUAAGGAUCAUUUAUUUACUGUUGCAAUGUGAAUUUAUAUAUGAAUGUUUGUGUAAUUAAUUUAAACCCUAAUUUGUAACAAAUUAAAUAAACCCUUGCAACGAUUGUAACCAAGGGGUGGGUGUCGUACUCGUACAUACCUACGUCACAAUGA